AUUCUGAAGAUAUGGAGUUGCCGGCCGUGGGUGGAGUUUAAUGGGAGGUGGGAGGAAUUCGGUCACUCAGUUGGGAAGAUCUCUGAUGUGACAGUGCGUGGAGCGACCUCCUGCUACCGGGACUGAGAGCGGCCACUGCUAGAGACUCCAGCACUGAAAUACCCUCCGUGCCUCCGUGUGUGUCUGCUGGAAACUAAGGGCACCCCGUGUGUGCUAGGCUUCUAUCAGCUGAUCUCUGGACAUGAAUCACUCUCACCAUAUGGCAACUACCAGCGACCCACACGCCGGCCACCAGCACCCCACCACGUCUGGAAGUCACGGCGACCAUGGGGGAGGGUGUGGGAUGCACAUGAUGGCAAUGACCUUUUACUUUGGAUAUGAGAAUGUGGAGGUGCUAUUCACAGGCCUGGUCAUUAAUUCUGCAGGAGAAAUGGCGGGCGCCUUUGUGGCCGUGUUCCUGUUGGGUUUGCUGUACGAGGGGCUGAAGAUUUCGCGGGAAGCCUUGCUGAGGAAGUCACAAGUCAGCAUCCGAUAUAACUCCAUGCCGGUGCCGGGGCCCAAUGGGACCACACUGAUGGAGACUCACAAAACAGUGGGGCAGCGUAUGUUCAGUUUACCCCACAUGAUGCAGACCCUGCUGCACAUCAUCCAAGUGGUGGUGAGUUAUUUCCUUAUGUUGAUCUUCAUGACGUACAACGCUUACCUGUGCAUCGCUGUGGCUGCCGGAGCCGGGACCGGGUACUUCUUGUUCAGCUGGAAGAAGGCGGUGGUGGUGGACAUAACGGAACAUUGUCAUUAAUGAGCAGUCGCUGGGGAAGGAGACCUCUCUGCUGCCUCCAUCAGUGACCUUCAUUCCUAGACAUGGCUAGAUCUGGUACUAUGAGAGUGAAUAGGGUAACCGUAUGUAUAUAGUGCCUUUAUAUGCCGGCAGACCCGUGCCUCUUGGAAACUACCCUUGUUGAUGAACCAUACGACCACGUAACCUCGACCUUCCCACGUGGAAAAUACAACUUAUAGAGUUGCUGCAGCCAAUCAAGUCUUUGUCUCACGUCAAGUGCAUAACCGAUUCCAGCACCACUGCUCUCAUUGGCCAAUCUCUACACGUCUGUGACUUCUCUGCGUGUAGACUAUUAAUUGCUUGUGAUCCGGCUGAACGGCUUCUUUGGAACUUCCAUGUUCAAUUCCCUUCAUCUCCAAAUCAGAUUUCCUGCAAAGUUCUCUGGAAAUUGCCCUGGACUUUGUUUCUAUUACUAAUAGAAUAUUCAUUAGGAGGUAUAAUGAGUCUAUGUUUAGUCGUGCAGUAAAGCGAUUUACAACUACAACACUCUGUCUGUUUUAUAUACUCGGGAUUAAUUUACCCUUCAUAUACACACACACGAUUCCAACACUUAUAGUUUUACCCUCCCUCUAUGCUGAAUGGUCUCCAGGCAGAAGUGUUGAUCCCUCCCCGAGUUUUAAGCGACCAAUUGAAAUCUAAUAGAGAUUUGUACAAUUACAAUGUGACGUGGAUAGGCGGAGUCACAAUGAUCACAUGUUUGUCAAUCGAAUAAUUAUUCCCAGUAUUUUUUUUUAUUUAAGAUCUUGCUUUGAUGGAUUUAGCUGAAUAAUGUAAUGUUUUUAUAAAUCAUCUUUCUUUCCAAUAGUGAAAAAUUAUAACCAAAACCUUUUAAUAAAAGCAGUCAGAAUGA